AUGGAUGCUAAACUCGAGCAAAUACAAAAGGAACUUCAAGAAAAGCUCUUGAAGAUGCAACAAGACUGGGAGGCUAAGAUGGAACAGUCACAAAAAUCUGCCAUUGACCGUAUAAUACAAAUCCAAUCUAACAUGGUGAAUGACAUCGUGGCCAAAUUAUCUGGGCUAAGCGACAUGGAAGGGAAAGAACAAAAUACUGCAGUAGCCGAGACUUCUGAAUAUGCACCAAUACAGUCUGGUCCUAGAUUGAUUAUUUCAUCUGAAAAGCUCACUGGGCAUCCAACAGGUUCCUCUGCUACUAAAAUUCAAAUGGCUGUCACAAACCCUCAGAACAACCCGAACGAGUACAAUGUACCAGAUCUUGAUGAGAUCGAGAAAAUGAAGAAUCAAGUGCCUGAGCAUCUAAAAUAUUGGUGCAAGGAUUUCUUUAAGGAGAUGGGUGGGCAAGGCUCCCUGGAAGGGAUAGACGCGGUAGAGCUAAGUUUGGUACCCGACUUGGUUUUACCACUUAAGUUUAAGAUGCCUGAGUUCGAGAAGUAUGAAGGAAAGACAUGUCCUAGUGCACAUCUAACAAUGUUCUGUAGAAGGAUGACCGGCUUUGUUAGAGACGAUAGUCUCCUGAUACAUUGCUUCCAAGCAAGUCUGACAGGAUCUGUCGUAAGAUGGUACAACCAACUGACCCGGGCUAAAAUAAGGUCUUGGAAAGAUCUAGCCAAUGUCUUCAAAGAGCAAUAUCAACAUGUUACCGACAUGAUGCCAGAUAGAGUCACUCUCCAAAAUAUGGAGAUGAAAAACAACGAGAGCUUCCGCCAAUAUGCGCAACGUUGGAGGGAUAUUGCUGCCCAGGUCCACCCCCCAUUGGUUGAAAGAGAGUUCAUAACCAUGUUCAUUGAUACACUAAAAUCCCCUUAUAUUGAUUAUAUGCUGGGGGUAGCCACGAAAAGUUUCUCGGACAUAGUUAUGUGUGGGGAAAUGAUCGAGAGGGCAUUGAAGAAAGGUCAAAUUGUUGGUGGCCAAAACUCAUUAAAGAAACCCUUUGUAAAGAAGAAGGAAUGA